AUGGUGAGUGUACGGGUAUUUCAUUUGGUGGGGAGAAUAUACAUGUUUUCAUCCUUUACCAUCUUCUUCAUAUAACGUUAAUGUGUCAUAAAAGUGACCGUUAUUUAUUGAACAUAACCAAAGUACCCAUUUCAAGUUUGUAUGGUGUGAAAAUGUUUUGCUGUUUUAUCUGAAAUCUACCCUGACUUGGUAAUGAUAUUGCCGGUGGCAGUUGUCUCCCGGACUACCAGCCAUACAGCGUGCUUUAUUUUAACACCAUCAGUGUCUUGGAACUUGUUGAAAUGCAGUUUAUGUAAACGCUAAAUCAUGCAUUACACUUGUUAGGCAUGUUAGAAAAUGUGUAGUUGCUUUGCGACUAGACGCUUAGCAAGUAACGUAGCUAGCGAGUUGGCUAAUUAAUGUCGAAGGCCUAAACUCGCAUCAGUCAGUACAGGUUACAGGUCUCUCUGUUCCAUGCGACCUGAAUGGGUUAACUCAUUGUCCUUAACGGUAGUAGUGUAGGAUAUUUAAAUUGUUAAUUAAUUGCAAGUUGUCAUAUAAACCAUUAUGCCUUUGCGAGCUGGGUAGCUAGCUAACUAGGCAGCCAUAGCUAAUGUUAACUCGAAAAACAGUAUUGUUGAUGAGAACUCGCGUCAAGCAUAUGAUCAAUCACUGACGUUUAUUUCAGGCUUUUGCAAUGAUGCUUUGAAUUUCUUGAACUGAAUCUUUUAUGUUGAUUCAAAACACGAGCUUUUUAACCCUGAGCUAAAGCCACAGUAAAGUUAUAUUCAGUUAAAUGUAUUUGACCAAGCUAACAUGUAUGCUGACCAGUCUACUUGUUGCCUUUGACAGCCUAAAGGCAAGAAGUCUAAGGGGAAGAAGGUGGCACCAGCCCCUUCAGUGGCCAAGAAACAUGAGGCCAAGAAAGUGGUCAACCCCCUGUUCGAGAAGAGGCCAAAAAACUAUGGCAUUGGUGAGUUAAGUGAACCUGGGAUUUCUUAGAUUUUCAGUAACCAUUUCAAAUCUUCCCUUGUCAGCCUGUGCAGAUGAUGUAAAGAAUAUUUGCUAUCUUAACAACAAUGCAGACAACCCACCAAGAUCGCUGAUGCACUUGUUCCAUGAUUGUAGUGGCCUCAGGCUGUUUUCUGAUCAUACAAAAGUGAUUGGAUGCAUUAUACCCCCCCCUCCCCAUGUUUGUUUAUAGGUCAGGACAUCCAGCCCAAGCGUGAUCUGACACGCUUUGUGAAAUGGCCCCGCUACAUCCGCCUGCAGAGGCAGCGCUCCAUCCUGUACAAGCGUCUGAAGGUCCCCCCUGCGAUCAACCAAUUCACCCAGGCACUGGACCGCCAGACCGGUAAGUCUAUGCAUGAGCUUAUCAAUGUCGUUGAGUUGUCUAUUGGCAUGGGGGAAUUGUUUCUGAAGAUGGCUGGAAUAUUGGGGGUUAUGCAGAUGAUGUGAAAGAAUAUUUGCUAACUGAACAGCAAUGUUGACACCCACCAAGAUCACUGAUGCACCUUACUGUACUUGAAAGACCCUCGAGCUAUCUGUGUGGCUCCCUAACUUUAGAUAACUUGAGUUGCAGAUGUUUUCUGAAAUGCCUCAGCGCCAGUGGGAUGUACUAAUUCUCUAUUUCCCAUCAGCCACACAGCUGUUCAAGCUGGCCCACAAGUACAGGCCGGAGACCAAGCAGGAAAAGAAGCAGAGGCUGCUGGCCCGCGCUGAGCAGAAGGCCGCUGGAAAGGGAGACGCCCCAACCAAGAGGCCUCCUGUUCUCCGUGCAGGUGAGGCAUGAUGGAUUGCAAUUAUUUUUUGAUUACAUACUUUGGCCUUGAUGCAAUGAUGUUUGAAUUUCUUCACCUGAAACAAUCAUGUAGUUUUUUUAUUGAGCUUUUUAACCCUGAGCAUCAGCCAUAAGUAUUGUUUUAGUUCAACAGAACUCUUGGUUGAACGUGGGUUUGAUAUCCAUAUUGAAUUCUCCCAUAGGUGUGAACACAGUCACCACUCUAGUGGAAAGCAAGAAGGCCCAGCUGGUGGUCAUUGCCCACGAUGUGGACCCUAUUGAGGUAGGACUCCUUUCACCAUUCUAUGCUUAUUUUGUGCGUUAUGGGUGAGCUGUUGCAGGCUUGAUCAUUAUUCAUGGGGAAAUGUGGUCGUUCGCAAUGAUGCUUGAAUUUCUUCACCUGAAUCCUCCAUGUGGAUCAAAACAUACAAGCUUUUUAAUUCUGAGCUAAGACCACUGUAUUGUAGAAGCGAAAGCACAGUCACAAAUGUUUGCUCCAUAAAGAAUAGAUACUUAUACUUGUCGUUUUCUUGUCCCCUCUGUAGCUGGUGGUGUUCCUGCCCGCUCUGUGUCGUAAGAUGGGCGUCCCUUACUGCAUUGUCAAGGGCAAGGCCAGGCUGGGAAGACUGGUGCACAGAAAGACCUGCACUUCAGUUGCCUUCACACAGACAAACCCGUAAGUAACAGGUGGCAACGCCAAACACUUGUGAAAGUGGUUGAUGCACUGAGGCCUACCUCUGGGAAGUUGGGCUUGUGCUUUAUAAUAUUUAUGAAAUCCUUUGGUAAUGAUGUAUGAAUUUCUUCAACUGAACAACCAUGUGGCUUUAUAAGCUUUUUAACCCUGAACCAAAAGAUUGUGUGCGGUUUAACUGGAUCUCAAAUGUUCUUUGUGACGAUUCACUGAUAACAUGUUCCUACCUUUUCAGUGAGGACAAAGGUGCCCUUGCCAAGCUGGUGGAAGCCAUCAAGACCAACUACAAUGACAGAUACGAGGAGGUGAGUGGCUGGUCUGACCACCAUCUGUUAAUAUUGACUAGUAGUCAAGCCACCAUGUUUCGGUGUCCUGACGAUGGAAUGUAUUAUCUUGCGGGUUCAAAUUUGGGUUUUUGCAGAUGACGUGAAAUAAUAUUUGCUAUCUUAACAGGGAUGCUGACACCCACCAGGAUCACUUGAUGCAAUUUUCUUGAGACCUAAUUUCUGUAUAUGGCUUUAGGGCUGGGAAUUGCCAGGGACCUCACGAAUCAUAGGCGCUGAUACGAUAUAUAUUGCGAUUUUAUGUUCCAAACAUUACAUUUACAUUUUAGUCAUUUAGCAGACGCUCUUAUCCAGAGCGACUUACAGUUAGUGAAUACAUAUAUUUUUUAUAUAUAUAUUUUUUAUACUGGCCCCCCGUGGGAAUCGAACCCACAACCAUGGCGUUGCAAACGCCAUGCUCUAUCAACUGAGCUGCAUCCCUGCCGGCCAUUCCCUCCCCUACCCUGGACGACGCUGGGCCAAUUGUGCGCCGCCCAUGAGUCUCCCGGUCGCGGCCGGCUGCGACAGAGCCUGGAUUCGAACCAGGAUCUCUAGUGGCACAGUUAGCACUGCGAUGCAGUGCCUUAGACCACUGCGCCACUCAGGAGUACAUAUUGCUCACUGUAUGCUGCAGGGAGACUGAGGGCAUGAUAAUGAGUUUUGAUCAGUCAGGGAAAUGGUAGUGCUGAACAGACUGGCUCACUAUUUUUGGGGGAUUGAACAAGCUAUAGGAUAAAAAAAUACCUGCCUUUUGGCGCAGGUACAGCAGACUAGCACUAGCUAACGCUAACUUUUACAAACCGAUACGGGUGUCAAAUCUAUCGUCCAAAAAUAUUGCGACGUCGCUACAUAACUGGAGGUGAUCUGGAGGCACACAAGUCACCUCAUUGCCGCAGUCGUCCCCUUUGUCUCUGAAAGGUCUUCCUUAUGCCAUUCCGGACUUCAAUUAAAUCAUGACAAUUUGCUUCCUUUCCUAGAUCCGUCGUCACUGGGGAGGUGGUAUCAUGGGCCCUAAGUCCACAGCCCGCAUCACAAAGCUGGAGAAGGCAAAGGCCAAGGAACUGGCCACCAAGCUUGGAUAAACUGUUUGCUAUUAAAAUAAAUGUCCCAAGAAAUAUGCUGUUUUUAUCUUGUCUUUUGUCAAUACUGAACCCAAAAAAUAUCAACUCAACAUGAAAUCUGUGAAAUUGUUGUACUGAGUUAGUUCAUAGAAGAAAAUCAGUCAAUUGAAAUAAACUAAGCUCUAAUCUAUGGAUUUCACAUGGGCCUUGGAGGGCAUAGGCU